AUGAGACUUGAGGAGCAAGGAAGGACUUGGUGCAUGGACGCAGCUCAACUGGAUACGCAAAGGAAGAAGGAGGAAGUCAUCUUGAAGACCAGCUCGACCUCCUACUCGACCAUCCGGUCGAGUUUCUCAACUCGACCGGCCAAGCUUCAACUCGAUCGAGCUGAGAAGUCAACAGUCAAACCCGAAAAAUGUUAUGUUUACUGUCCGAAGACGAGCUCUAGCUCGACGGAGUCAAGUCCGCAAGCCGAGUUUGAACGAGUCAAACGAGAAUCUCGCUUCGACCGUUUAGAUCCGGAAAUAGCGGGAUCAGUAGUUGCACGUGGACGAGAUACGCGGAGGAGGUUGUGA